AUGCCGGUUUUCCUAAAAUCCGCCCAUGCUGUGUUUUUUGUUCUCGCCCAUCCCCCUCCCCUUCUGCGCAUCCAGAUGCACUCUGAGCUUGUCAAGCCAUACCUCAAUUCGGUAGUCUCCGAGAAACUUGACCCAUCCAUGGUUGCUGUCAACUCUGAAUUUCUUGAAACCAUCGUGUGA